GAUUAGUUCACCCGGUGAGGUCUCAGAGCGUAUAUAAAUACUCGUCUCUUCCACAUCUGAGUAUCAUAUCAAUUUGAUUUCAACCCAACAAAUAUCUCACUCAUUCAACGGCCCAAGGCAAUAUGACCAUCAUGUCUAAACUAUCUCUACUUGUCUGGGCGCUUGCUGUAGUAGCCCAGGCUACGAGCUCACGCUGUAACCACAAGCAGAGCUCCCACCAUACGGCCGCCUAUGACUUCCAUCCGAGUCAAGCAGGCAUUCAAACCGCUCGACUGAUUGACCCCCUGCCCUUGCCAUAUGACUUCAACACCUCCAACAGUGAAAUGGUUGACUCCAGUAACUCCUGGUGGAUAUCAUCCUAUCUCACGGGAAGUGACAAUCAUCAGUACAUGGUGCUGUCCCACGUCCUUGCCUCGGACAAAUUGAAAUUUUACCGUGGUGGCAUCUACGACAUCACCGAGCCUGCCUAUACCCAGUUCUCCAAGAUGACCACCCAAAACCUCACGGCCAAUAGUCAAGACGGCAAGUUCGACAUACGCACUGGCGAUUUCUUCUUCGGCUCUGCUCUCGCCAACAGCACUAUUACAAAGCUGCGUACCGUAUCGAAUAGGACGGAUCUCCAUUUCGAUCUGACCUUCGAGUUGACAGCCCCCAUCCUCUUCAACACCGGUCUUGGUGGCCUCUUCCAAUUCGGUCCGGACCAGACGGGCGAGUGGUCCAUGCCUGCCGGGAAGACCUCUGGCUGGCUUGUCUUCAACGGUAAGAAGGUCGCCGUUAAUGAGAAGCGUUCACAGACUUGGUACGACCGUCAGUGGAACGUUGGGCCCGGACCAGCCAGCCUUUCUUGGACUUGGUUCCAACUGCACAUCAAGGAGGAGAGUAGUGACGAGAACGAGCUUGUCUCAGUGUGGAUGUACGACAGCGACGUCAAGGGCCAUCGUCAGUGGGCUACUACCCAGUCCAAGGAUGGUAUCAGCGUCGUCCAGCCUGUCCGCACCGUUGAACCCUUCGGCGAGUCCUGGACAUCCCCUCAUUCCAAUGUCACCUACCACCAGGCAUGGACAAUGGUUCUUCAGGACGAAACUACACUCACAAUUACAACGACCUAUAACGACCAGAAGUUGUGGGCCGCCGGUGGCUUUGCGACUUAUGAAGGCUUUAUUACUGUAAAUGGAACCAACGCUAAUGGCAACUGUGUGACCGGAUUUGGACUUGUUGAGAUUCAGGGUGUUUUCUAAGCGGCCAGAAGUCAGCACUUUCUAUCGCCACGUAGUAAACAACGGAGUCUCCCUAGCUAAACUAAAUAAUGGUACUGUGGACACUUAUAUGUUUCGAAGGAUGAGGGGUCUCA